AUGCAAUCAACCUACUCCGGAUUCGACCAUCUUCGUUUCACUGUUACCAACGCAAAGCAAGCUGCUUCCUACUACUGCACUCGUCUCGGUUUCAAGCACAUUGCCUACCGUGGUCUUGAGACUGGUAGCCGUGAUGUCUCCGCUCACGUUGUUCGCCAAGGCGAUGCUACUUUUGUCUUUGAAUGUGCCAUUCAACCUGAAGGCAACACCGAAAUGGUGAAUGAAAUUGCCCGUCGUGGUGAUGGUGUCAAGGAUGUUGCCUUCUCUGUAACCGAUUGCCGUGCCGUUUAUGAGAAAGCAAUUGCCAAGGGUGCAAAGUCCAUCAAGGCUCCUGAGGAGAUCACUGAUGAGGAUGGUACCGUUGUUAUCGCAACUGUGGCUACUUAUGGUGAUGUCCACCACACCUUGAUCGAACGCACAAACUAUAAGGGUAUCUUCUUGCCUGGCUAUAAGGACUCUGCCAGUUCUUUGCGUUAUAAGGAUCCUCUUGAGGAAGUUUUGCCUCACGUCCCUCUCUCACACAUUGACCACGUCGUUGGCAACCAGCCCGAUAACAUGAUGAACCCCAUUGCCGAAUUCUAUGAGCGUGUCUUUGAUUUCCAUCGCUUCUGGUCUGUGGAUGACAAGGAUGUUCACACCGAGUAUAGCGCUUUGCGUUCUGUUGUCAUGGCUGACCCCAGCGAGAAGAUCAAGGUGCCCAUCAAUGAGCCUGCUCUUGGUAAAAAGAAGUCUCAAAUCCAAGAAUUCGUCGACUUUUAUGGUGGUGCCGGUGUUCAACAUAUUGCUAUUCGCACCAACGACAUCAUUACCUCUGUAACCAACAUGCGUAAGCGUGGCUGUGACUUUUUGGUUGUCCCCGACAAGUACUAUGAUCGUCUUCGUGCUGCUCUCGCUGUCCACAACAAGACUGCCAAGAAGCCUGUCACUGAAGACAUGGAUGUGCUUCAAAAGCUUAACAUCAUGGUCGACUAUGAUGAGAAUGGAUACCUUCUUCAAAUCUUUACCCGUCCUCUUGAGGAUCGUCCCACACUCUUUGUUGAAAUCAUUCAAAGACACAACCACAACGGCUUUGGUGCUGGUAACUUUAAGAGCUUGUUUGAAGCCCUUGAGCUCGAACAAGACCUCCGUGGUAACCUCACUGAUAUGGAAUUACCACAAUCCCAGGCUGCUCCAAGCAAUUAA